GCCUUAUUUAAAUAGGUUAAGAGCUAGGAUGAAAUAAAUAGGAUAUUUUUUAUCUUUGGUAUCUCAACAGCUGUUUGACAGCUGUGGCUGUAAAUUUUAAUCCAAAUAAAUACAAUACCGUAAGAAUGGCAGCUGUGAUACCAGCGGUGACAAAAUUAUCAAGCCGAAUAAUAAGAAUUCUUGGCUGUAACCCUGGUCCUAUGACUCUGCAAGGUACCAAUACUUAUUUAAUUGGAACCGGAAAAAAUCGCAUUUUGCUAGAUACUGGUGACAAAGAUGUGUCAGAGUAUCAGAAGAACCUUUCAGAAGUGGUAAAAGCAGAACAAAUUAACAUAGAACAUAUUGUAGUUACACAUUGGCAUCAUGACCAUAUUGGUGGGGUAGAGAACUUGUACGGAACUAUUGCAAAACAACCUACAAUUUGGAAACAUAGAAGAGACCCCAGUGAUGCCCCAGAUAAUGAACUACCAAGUAAUUUGCCUUUAAAUUGGUUGACUGAUGGCCAAGAGAUCAAAGUCCAAGGCGCUACAGUAAAAAUCCACCAUACACCAGGACACACUACCGAUCAUGUGGUCAUUACUUUAAUAGAAGAAAAUAUUUUAUUUAGCGGUGAUUGUAUAUUGGGCGAGGGGACAGCAGUGUUUGAAGAUUUAUAUACUUAUAUGAAAAGUUUAAAUACAAUAUUGGAAUUUAAACCGAAAGUUAUAUAUCCGGGACAUGGCAACAUUAUUGACAAUCCGAUAGAGAAAAUAGAAUACUAUAUAGCUCAUCGAAACCAAAGGGAAGAACAGAUACUUGAUGUAUUAAAGAAAAAUAAGGAAAAGAAGUUUAAUGAAAUGGAUUUAGUUAAAAUAAUAUACAUAGAAACACCAGAUCACUUAUGGCCGGCAGCGGCAUAUAACGUGAGCCAUCACUUGAAAAAGUUGACGAAGGAGAAUAAAAUCACAUGCUUUAAUGUGGAUGGUGAAAAUAAGUGGCAGUAUGUCGGUUCUCAGAGUAACCUAUAAUAUAAUACAUGAAAACUGCAGCUUUUUGUAACUUUGACAGUGGUUAAUUAUGGAUUUAGAAACUAAAGGGAAAAAAGGUUAUCUAUGUUAAUAUUAAAGAAUAAAAAAAAAACUCCAGGAUUCUUGACCGUGA